GUCUGUUUGACCAAUCGGUGUGGGUCUCCGCUUUUGUGCUCAAGCUCAGGGGAAAAGCAAGUGGAACCAUGAACGAGGACCUCAGUCAAGUUUGGGAGUGGAGACGCUCGAUAUCAUCCGAGCGUGCGGCUCCAACCGCUAGCUACUCGUUCGGGGUUUUUUUUCUCUCCACUUGUGGACAUUUCUACCGCAUUACCUGCUAAAAGAGGGAACAAACCCGGUCGAGGAAACCGGAAACCCAACAUGGACAGCUUCUACGACCAGCAGGUCCCGUUCAUGGUCCCGCCCAACUCUCGUGUUGAGGAACACAGCCGCAGUGACAGGAAGAGGAAGUUUGUUGACACUGAGCUCGCCCAGGACACAGAAGAACUCUUCCAAGAUCUCAGUCAGCUGCAGGAUAUCUGGAUUGCAGAAGCCCAGGUGCCAGAUGAUGAGCAGUUUGUCCCAGACUUCCAGUCAGAUAGCUUGAUGUUUCAUGGACCUCCACCCACCAAGAUCAAACGUGAACUGACUCCUUCCAAAGAGCUGUCCCCUUGCCACCAGGACAGAAGUCCCAUGCCCUGUGGAGAGAAGUGCCUUUACAGCUACAGUGCCUGUGACAGGAAGUCCACACCUGGCUUCAAACCAUUAACCCCUCCUUCCACGCCAGUGUCUCCAUGUGGGUCUGCCAUCACAGCUGGAGCACGCCCCCUCAACGAGCCAACUCCUCCCCCUCGCACUAAUGUAGCCAACCUGAACCCUGGAUUGCGGGUCACGCAGCAGCAACAGCCCCUCACACAGACUGCAGGCCCGCAAAACCAGCCACUACACUCAGUCCAGAGCCCGCCAUUUGCUGUCCCUUGUGCGCUAAUCAGCCAGGAUGGCAAUAACUUUACACCAGAACACAGGUUCCAGAGGCAGAUGUCAGAGCCAUCUCUACCAUUUCCCCCAUCCGAAAGUCAAGGGCGCACCCACUUUCUGCCGCAGCUGACUAACAACAAUGGUCGAUCACAUGAGGGCCGGCCACUGUACCACCGGCAAAUGUCGGAACCCCUGGUGGCUGUACCCCCACAUGGCUUCAAACAAGAACUCAUUGACCCAAGAUACACCGAACAGGGCGUCCCAAGCGUAGGCCAACCAGCUACCCCGCGUCGGACUGCCUUUCACCCGAUGGCCAUCAAGCAGGAGCCCCGCGACUUCUGUUUCGAUUCCGAAGUGCCCAACUGUCACUCAUCCUAUGGGAGAGCAGGGAGCUACUACCAAAAUAACCAUGAAAGCUUCUCCUUCGACAGAGAUCCUCAACUCUACUUUGACGAUACCUGUGUUGUCCCUGAAAGAUUAGAAGGUAAGGUGAAGCAGGAGUCCGCCAUUUUUCGAGACGGACCUCCGUACCAGCGCCGUGGAUCCCUGCAACUGUGGCAAUUUCUGGUCACUUUGCUAGACGACCCGGCCAACGGGCACUUUAUCGCCUGGACAGGUCGGGGAAUGGAGUUUAAGCUAAUUGAGCCUGAGGAGGUUGCUCGCCGCUGGGGCAUCCAGAAGAACAGACCGGCAAUGAACUACGACAAGCUGAGCCGCUCUCUGCGUUACUACUACGAGAAGGGCAUCAUGCAGAAGGUAAAGGUUGCCGGUGAACGGUACGUGUACAAGUUUGUGUGUGACCCCGAGGCCCUCUUUUCCAUGGCCUUCCCCGACAACCAGAGGCCUAACCUGAAGGCUGACGUGGACAGCCUGCCGGGCCUAGAAGACGACACCGUGCCUCUCACCCACUAUGAGGAGAACGCUCCCUACCUGCUGGAUAGCGGAGAUCAUUGUGUUGCUGGCUUGCCCUUCCCCGAUGGUUGCAGCUACUGAACUACCACACGAACAUACAAAAACACUCCAAAAGUCUAUUGACUUCUGUCCCCCGACCCCUCUACACAACCACAAACACACACACACAAAUUCAGAGGUGCACCUGCAGAAUGGCUUGCAAGCACAUUUGUGGAUAUCCUCCCUUGGUGACUUUAGGACAAAAAUUGAUCAACUGCAAACAAUGGACGAGGGUACAAGAUUUGACAAAAUUGAGAGAGUUUGUGAGACUGAUGUACUCAAAAUCAAGUACCCCUUCACAGCAGAAAGCUACAAGGCCUCAACACCUUAAACAUAACGCAAAGACUACACACUUCUUGUAUGUGGAUCGACAAGAGUUUUUUUAUUUUGUGACAAUCUGAUUUUCUUAAUCUAGAGAAAUCUAAAAUUUAACUACUUAAUAAAUGCAGAACUGUUUUAGAGUUACCUAGAAGUUUGUUGCUCCCUGGUUUUUUGUUUUGUUUUGUUUGUUUUUUUGCUUCUGCACCUUAUCUAAAACAUCAGUGAAAGGGCUGUGAGUUGCAUAAACAGAUUGUCCAACACCCCUAUUUGUAACUAUUAAUAAUUUCUGUAGAUAUCACUUUUUAUUGCCAACUUUGGGGACUUUAAAGACAGCGUAUUACAGGUUUGUUGCUCUCUUGUAUAUGUGUUCUUUACAGUUGUUCUGUCCAUGAAAGAGAUUGUAUCUGCUACCACCCUCUUUGGAGACUGCAGCCCAUCGUUCAAUUUUAGAACUAAUUGGCACUCUUUCAAAAUUUUCUUUCAUAAGGGAUGUAUAUGCCAUAGAGACCUUUUUAUUUAUGGUCAAGUUAGUCACUUUUUAUUUUUCCCAUUUGAUAUUGCUGUCUCCGUGGUGGUCAACCAGCUUCUCCUGAUGUGUGGGUUUGACUAGAGCAUUGUGCAAUUGCAUGUGAAGAAUAAAAAAACCACAAACCUUUCAGACACCUCCAAAAUGACAAAGGUGACUUUGCAUAUAAUCAGCCAUGACUGCGUCCACCUACAUAUCACUUUGUCACUGGACGAACACUUGUAUGUGUCUGUAUUUUAUUUGGAAUGAGGGCAACAUUAAAAACUUAUAUAAAUAUAUUUUUGCUAUAAGGCUGCAGUACUUUUUUUCUAAUGUAUCUGCUGUAAAGUUCUGGUGACAGCAACUUUUUUUUUUUAAAAAGAAACUCUUAAGACUCACUGCAGGCUGAUCUGUCUAUCUAGAUAUCACAAGGCAUGUAAAGGGCCAGAGUUCCAGCUACAGCCACUUUACGGGGUGUAGAGGGACAGACUGUGCUUGUAUAUGCUUCUGUUGCCACAGCACCCCUCUCACAUUAUGUUCCUUACGCAGCUAAGUUUGUCAUGUGUACUGGGUCAAAUAAACACUAUGCUUCACUG